AUGGCAUCGUAUCUCCGAAGUUGGCUUUACGCCCAGAAUCCCACCGAAGAGGCACCUGCAGCUCCUACCAUCGUCGAGACUUCGCCUCCGCCGCCAGAAGACGACGACGAUGCGGAGACUGUUCAUGGGGAUGAUGAUGCGCCCCCAGCGUUUCCGGCAAUGAACAGCGCACAGCGAGCGACGGCGACGUCUCAAACGGAGGCAAUACCCCGAAUAUUGACGGACGCGCAACUUAUGCCGCCACCACCGCCGCCCUCCUUGGCUAGUCGAAGGCCUGGCGUGUCAGGCAGCUCCGGAUCAUCUCUCGGUGCAUCUCUAAUGGCACCCCCUACUACCCUGAAACCUCCACCACAACCUGCCAAGAAGGGGAAGGUCGCCCUUGCACCCGGACACGGUCCCCUUGACUGGGCGAACCUAAAGAAAUCUGGGCAGAAUCUCAGGGGGACAGACUCGGUCCUGCGAGUGACACCUUCCAUGCUUAAGGAGCAUCGGACGCGGGACGACGCAUGGUCGUCGUUCAGCGGCAAGGUGUACAACCUGACUGCAUACCUGCCAUACCACCCCGGCGGGGAGAAGGAGCUCCUACGAGUGGCCGGGCGGGACGGCACGAAGCUCUUCGCUGCGACACAUGCCUGGGUGAACAUCGACUACAUGCUGGACGAGUGCCUAGUAGGCUUCAUGGUGUCAGAGUAGAGUUCGUAGCGCUUUUUCGCGCGCCGCCGUUCCGUCAACAUACCUAGAACUUUAGAUAUCCAUACCUGGACGAGCAGCCUAAUUACCAUGGUUUUCCUUGUGGGCGUAGUUG